AUGGGGCAGUGGUGGCACUCAGGAAAGCAGGAAUGGGGCAGUGGUGGUACCCAGGAGGGCAGGGAUGAGAAAUUGCCCAGUGAAGGACCCGUUUUUAAUUCCCUUUUCACGCAGGAGUCCAACACCCUGGGCUUUGAGUGCACCCUGGAGGAGGUGGAUGUGCAGGACAUCACCGAGAACCGGACCAACACCCUCCGAGCCUGCACCGCCGAGGACGCGGGGCCUGGAAAUUGCCCAACCCUGGAAAAAUCAACUUUUGACGAGGGAAAAUGCCUGCAGGGAAUCUCUGAGGAUGUGAGAGCCUACAGGGCACAGCUGAGCUCCCUGCCCGACCCGCAGCUGCUGGCGGCGCUCGAUGGGAUGAUGGAGGUUUUGGGCAGCAGCACCGGGCAGGAUCCGGAGGCGCCGCUGGGAUUGGGACCACCGGGAUCAUCGGGAUUGGGAUCAUUUCAAUCGCGGCUGCGGCUCUGCGGGGUGCUGCAGGCCCUGCGCAUCCGCAGCGUCACCAUCUGCAGGAUGCUGAGCUUCCUCAGCUCCCCCUGA